AUGAAAAUUUUUUUCUUGUUACAACAAAGUAUAAUGACCAAGAAGUAUAGGCCAAAAGUUGAUACCAGUGAAAAAAUGAAGAGGAAGGAGAGCUGCAAUGAGGGAGGUCCCUCGAAGAAGAAGAAAUGUAAUCAUCCUCCCUUCGUUGAUCCGUCCUCAGUAGUUAAUCUCACCUCCACCAAUCCAAUUGAUCCCUUUGUUGAUCCCACCUCUACCAAUCCAGUUGAUCCCUCAUUCAAUACAUCAAGUUCACCCAAUCCCAAUCCCAAUCCAAUCCCAAUCCAACCCAAUCCAACAAGUUCAUCCAAUGAAGACAUAUAUUUCUUCAAUGAUGAUUGCAAACAUCGGUAUGAUAAUUGCUUUUAUAAUAGACCUUUGUUAUUGGAGAGGGGUGUUGUACUUGAUGAAUUAAAAGAUGUAGGAUUAGAUGUUAUUUUUGCUUUUCAUCGAUGGAAUUAUUCAGUUCAUAUCAAGAAGAUGGAUAAAGCAUAUAAUACAUUGCUGAAGAUAUUUUAUUCUAACUUGCAUGAUAUUGAUAAAAUUAAUCACAAGUUUAAGUCCCUUGUGAGGAAGGUGAGUUUUGAAGUAACCCCAGAUUUAGUUUCAAAAAUAUUGGGAGUUCACCGACCCUUCCUUCAUGAUGAUACACUUUCUUAUCCAUUCAAUAAUUCUAAGCACAUACAUAAGUUGGAAGAUGUUUAUACAGAAAUCGAGGGUAUACCUAAUAAUUUUAGUGAGAGUGUUACUGAUCCAUCAUUUUUUUCAGCAACAGCUGACUCCUAA